AUGUACGGACUUAAGCAACUUGCUCUGUUGAGCUUCAUGCUCCUCUCGGUCUCUGCAACCAAGGAUACAACACGCACAAUGGUCGGCAUUGAAACCAUGGAAAACAGCAAGGGUAUCGAUGUGCCAUUGGAUGAUUGCCAUGAAGUCGAGCAAGAUGAGGUUCUCACUGUCUCUGUGAAGAAAUACUGCCGUGUUUUCACUGGCCCAGCCUGCACUGGUCGAAACUCAUUGCUCCCUCCUGGUGACCAUUCGCACACCGAUCCGGUACCUAUUGAGUCCAUUUACUGCCAUGCGAAGCGUCCUUUCUAG